CAAGAUGGCCACUUUUCCUGUUGGCUCCUAAAGUGCAAAAUAAAUUUGUUCUCAGUUGAUUUUCUGCAUGUACAAGGGUUGACCAUUGUUGAGCUUUUACGAAACCCUGCUGUGUAGAACAUGGCCACAGGUGGUGGAGCCUCUUUAAUGAGGGGCGGAGCCUCAGAGCCAAGAGUCCGAUCAUCUGGAUCAAGGGUUCAUCGUUCUCUUGGAGGAGCUGAAGACAAUUUCCGCUUUAACUGGAUUGGAGAAAAGGAUGAGGGUCGACCGAACAACUAUUGGGACUGGAAGCCUAGCUCAACAUUUGCCGAUCCCACUAUGGAUGGAUUGAUGACAGUUUCCUCUGGCAAGAAGUCCAAGACCAAGAACAAGGACAGAGAGAAGAAAUCCACUGCCUCGGCUGCCUCAGCCCAGGAUUCUCUGACCUCCUCUCCGCCUAGAAGAGAGCCGAGCCGCCGCCACACCCCUGCAACAUUCCCACGCACCAGGAAUGUUGCAAGUGUGCGUGAGAGGGCGGAGCUAGAGAUGUUGAAACAGCAGCUUACAUUCAGCGAUAUGGAAGAGCCACUUGCAGAUAGUCCAGCCUCAGCAGCUAUCAACAAUGUCCGUCGAGAUGUGAAGACCCAAUCCAGAAAGUCUCCACAGGUCAACCAUUCUGAGGAGGCUACACGUGAAGUUGUACACCAGCGCACACAAUCUGCCAAUGAGGCCAACCAUGUCAACGAAAUGGCUGACAGAAACCAGAUAGUUGCAAGACUUAUGCAAAUCAGGGACUACAUGAAACAAGCAGCUUCCAUGAUGACCAACUUGAAUACUGAAAGCUCGGAGGACGGAACAGAUGAGCAAGUUGCGAAGCUAGUCAACCUUCAGAAUCAUCUUCAUGAUCAGGAGCGUGGAUACCUGGCCCUGCUGGAGAGGAUGCUGUCCGAUGAAGGAGCUGGAAGGAGUAGUCAUAACUCUAACGAGUCGCAGUCGACCUCUAUUGCUGAGAGUGCUUCAAUCAACAUCGAUGCACAGUCUGACAUCUCAGAAGCAACAACAGAAGGGACGUUUACUGCACGCACACGUCCGAAGAUCGAAAGCCAACUCGGAAGCUAUCCGUCAGAUCUUGACUAUGCUAGUGGGUCGGACGCUUCCUCCAUCGGACUCGGUGACGAUGCUUCCUCUGUAAGUAGUCGAGCGUCUGACCUUCCGUCUGCGUUCGGGACGAUGGAGCUCCAUGAACAGUACAGCUUUAUGCUUAAGAAGUAUGACGACCAGGGGGACAAGGAAAUCUCCAGUCUUGAGGAGGCGAGUCUGGACAGAGAAGAGGAGACGGAAGAUGAGGAGUUGGCGUCAGCAAUGUCUACCCUCACUCCCUCUGCUGAUGUUACCGAGGGUAACGUUGACAUGAAGACUCGCAUGGAAGAGCUGGAAGGAUUACGUCAGCAACAUGAUCUCCUGAAAAAGAUGCUACAACAACAGGAAGAGCUGCGGGCAUUACAAAAUCGCCAGAAUGCGUUGAUGUUGUUGCAGGAAGAUCUAGAAGGACGCAUCAAGAAGUCAGAGGACCAAAGCGCAGACGAAUCUUCUCAGAGUACAACUGAUGUCAGCACCAGCGAUUUACAGGAAGCUGAGCGAACUUUCAACGUGGCUGAUUUUGAGUUGGCCAGGGCCAGGGGUGGUGAUGCAGACCUUAAUGACCAGCGUCGUGAACUGCUUAUGAUGAUCCUAUCUGAGGAUAUGGAGCGUAGAGCUCCAGAAAUGAGACAAGCUAGGAUGCUAGACAGACUGGAUAUUGCUGAGAGAGAACAGAAUGAGGUUGCUGCCAUGAAUUCAGAGCAGGAGCAUCUUCUGAGUACACUUCAAGCUUUACAACAGAAGAAGCAACAGAUGGAUGAUCUAUUACAUCAGCUUCAUGCACUACGACCAAGCAUACCAGGCGCAGAUACAGACUCUGCUAUGAGUGCUGCUUCGUCUAGCCAUCUACUGGAGCCGGCUCAGCUACAGCGUGGAGAGGAAGUUAAGGAAGCUCAGUUGGUUGGAGGCGCGUCAGACGACAAUGAAGCCAUGGAUAAACUCAGACGCCUUCAAGAAGUACGUCAGCGUCUGGAUGACCUACGUGACCUCGUCCAGCAGUAUCGAGGUCUUGAUGGAGCAGCGGGGGUCGAUGAGUCGGGAGACGGCAGGAAGACUUCCUCCUCGGUCAACUUUGAGGAUCCAGAGCUCAUGAGUAAUCUUAGGAGAUUGGAGAGGGGUGAACCAGUCGGGCGAUUCCAAUCCGCUCAUCAGGCGUUGCUACAACAGCUUGAUACAACAGAGGAUGGAACCUCCACUCUACAAUCAGAAGAUGAUUCCCAGCUAACGACAGACAAUGAGAGUAAUCAGAGUUUAUUAGCGGCAUGGGGUGAUGAUCCAGAGAUAAGGGGAAAAAUCAAGAAACUUCAGGCUGCCAAGCAGAAAUUGAGACACCUACAAGAGUUGGUGGCCAUCGUACAGCACUCACCUGAGGUAGCCAUUGGCUUACCGGAUGACUUGGCUGAGUUAGCCGCUAGUUGGCAGGAGGAGCUCGAUACAUCUAAUGCUGAGAAUGAAGAUGAGGAAGAGGAGGAGGAAGAAGAUGUAGAGGAUGAGGGAAACACAACCCAGACGGCUUCAGUCAUCAGUGAAGGAGAUGUACCUCAAGUUAGUCAAGAAACAAAGGAUGCGUAUUAUGAAGCAAAGAUGCAACAGCAACGUCGGGAGUUGGAUAAGCUUCAAGACGAGAGACACCGCCUCCUGGCCGUCCAGGAGCAGCUCAGGGAUCUCAAUCACCAUAUUCCCCUAGCUAAACAGGGUGUCAAGUCAACAAAUACCACCCAAAGAAAUCCAUUGAUGCCCGGUUCAGGAUUGAGACAACUUGCUGCGACAGGAAACAUGCAAGAUGCUCCUAGCCCAACCCAUGACUCUCUGAUGGCUGAGAAGUUGAGACAUCGUAGACUCCAGACUGAGCUGAAACUCAAACAGCAGGAGUUGGCUGCACUUAUGGACCGUGUCAAACGCAACACAGGUGAGGUUUCAGACAGUGGUUCUGCCCAGGGAGACAGCAAUGAUAAUGACCUCUUCAGGGUGAGCAUGCGUAGUGCUGAUGUGACUGCAGCAGCAUCUUGGGGAGGUUCUACUCAACAGAGUGAAGAUGAAGAGGAUGAUGCCUACCCAAGUGAUGGUAUCUUACAGGUUGAGGAAGAAGAAGAACAGGAGCAGAGCCUGGCUGGAACAACCAGUACUUACACAAUUGAUGAUGAGUACUGUUUACCAAACCGGCGACCCAACUCCUACCCCGGUCAGAGAAUGAUGACUAAUGGACCUCCAACUACUAUGGACCUGGAGGCCAUGCACGGUAUCCGUUACCCGAAGUGGGCCACGGAGCAAAAGCUCAGGGCAUCUGCGGAAUCCAAACGCCAACAGAAUCUACAGGCAGCUGAUGAGCUAAUGGCUGAGGCGAGUGGGGGAUUUGAAAGCAACGGCAACUUCUACAUGGGUCAGGUACAUCAGCUACAACAGCAGUUACAGAACAGCAUCGGCUUAUGCCAGUCACUCAUGAGAGACCAGCAGGUCAUGAAUAAUAUGCUGCAAGGAUCCAUGUCAGGUGGAUUUAAUGGGAUGCAGGGACCUGUUCCAGCCCAUACUCCAACCACUCCAACCCCAACCAACGGUGACCCCCGUAUGAUGAAUAUGAUGAACGACUACAACAUGAGACUACAGCAUCAGCAGCUUCAGCUAAACAUGAAUCACUCCUACAAUCAGUUGUAUCAACAACAGCAGGAAAUGGAACGCAUGCGGACUGAAGGCCCAGCUGUCGGUGGUAGUGGUCCAAGCGGUAGACCGUUUGGUUUUGAGAGCGGCGGUGAAACCAAUGCCAAUAAUAACAGAGUGCAGGGGGUGUUCGGCUACGAUGCUGGAACCUCAUUCUCACCGUUUGAAAACCCCUACCAACAAGAGAGAAGUGGAGUCCCCCAGCCCAGUCUCCUGGAUUACACCUCCCCUUACAGUCAAAUGUCCGAAGCAUCCCGUCGUAGACAGAGAGACUACGACGCCUAUGCACGCCAUCGCCAAGAGCAAGAGACCAGACAGCGAGACUAUCACGUCCCGCCAAACACAGCCCAGGGUAGCUUGGAUCAGUACGAUUACGACCGCGAUGGGAAUCUAGUUACUGACUACAAUAAAGCGCCUUAUGCUUAUGCAGAGAGGGCAGCAGACAUGAAUGCCGAUGGCCAGGCUAGCGGUCAGGGUUACGGUCAGUCAUCCAGGCUAUAUGUUCCACCUCUGGACAUCAAAAGCUUGUUGGAGAGAUCUGAUAAGCAAAGGAUGUUGGCUGCACAAGCCAGUUCUUCAGGGACCAAAGCGGAUACCAAAAAGUCAAAUAUACUACCAAGCUUAUCAACCAAAGCUAAAGACAGCCAGGCCAGACCUUCGACCAGCAAGAGGCGAGGUCCUAGACCAGGUUUAAGUAGCUCUCUCAGUGGUACAGCCUUCAUGGAGGUAGCCAGUGUAGCUAGUACUAUGUCAAUAUCCAGCAUGCCUGGAGAUCUAGAGAGAGAAAGGAAAAUGCAGAUGCAGGAUACGGAGAGAUCUAUUAAGUCCACUAGCGAAAUGGAGUCCGAUGCUGGGAGUGAGUUCUCUCUCUUCGAGGCUCUCCGUGAGUCCAUCUACUCAGAGGUAGCGACCCUCAUCUCCCAGAAUGAGUCCAGACCACACUUCCUCAUCGAGCUGUUCAGAGAGCUACAGAUGCUCAACUCUGAUUACCUUCGACAGAGGGCGCUAUACUCUCUACAGGAUCUCGUUUCGAAGUACCUUACUGACGACGCUGCUAACUCUCACAAGGGAGGAGCUGCUGGCAAACAAAAGCAGAACAUGAGGCAUGAGCAGCGUUUAUGGCAGAUGUCAACCACUGCCUCUGAGCAUACUCCGAGUGAGAGCCUCAUCACGUCAGAAGAGGAAGAAAUCAAGGCCCAGAUCUACAGCAAAAACCCAAACAAGCAGGCCAUGCUGCAAGCCCUUCAAUCUAUGGGAUCACUCGACGCAGAGGAAUAUGACUAUGUAGAGAGUGUAGGCUCGGCAAGCUCAAUGUCAACACCGCCCUCUUUCAGUCAAGACUUUGGCUUUGCUAAUGAUGAGCUCGGUGAUACUGUCAUUCAUCUAGAUAAAGCAUUACAGAGAAUGCGUGAGUACGAGCGCUUAAAGGCAGAGGCAGAGGCGUCUGCAGCCAUUUCAUCUGAUGCGUCAGCCUCUGUUGAUAAAGCUGCCGUUAGUAACAGUGAAGUCACCAGUAAUAGCUCCGCUCAAGACAUGGGCAGUGAAAGCUCCUUCUCAGACCUACCGUACCCAAGAAUAGACACUCGUCAGCUGGACCUCCAGAUAAAGAGCAUCAUGCAAGAAGUCAUCCCAUAUCUGAAGGAACACAUGGAUGACGUCUGUUCCCCCCAGCUUCUAUCUUAUAUCAGACGUCUCGUCUUGACACUCUCAAAGCAACGGGAUGAUAGCAGAGAGUUUGUCCGCUUCUUCAACAGACAGCUUGGCUCUAUUCUGCAGGACUCGUUGUCUAAGUUCUCUGGAAGGAAAAUGCGAGAGUGUGGUGAGGACCUUCUAGUAGACAUCUCUGAGAUCCUCUUCAACGAGCUAGCCUUCUUCCGCUUGAUGCAGGACCUCGAUACUGCCGGUAAUAAACUCAGGAAAGAAGCUGGCGAGAUUGGAGAAGAUGAGGAAGAAGAAGAGGAAGAGGACGAAGGAGUAACUGGGACGGAGACGGGGACUGAGACGGGUACAGGGGCUGAGGAGGAAGAUGGUUCAGAGGAUGAAGGUAGCAGCUCCGACAGCGAGGAUGAUUCCAGCUUAUCCGAUGAUGCAGAAGAGCCCUCUAGUGUUACUCCAGUGCCAGUCGCCCCUAAGCCUUCCAAGAAGCCUUCAUUUGAUGAGGUAGCUCUGGAGACGGCCAUGGACAUGGCAACGUCCAGGGAAGAGGAAGAACUGGGAAAGACUCGAGAUGAUGACUUGGCUCGUAACAUGGAGACCAGUGAGCAAGAUGAUGAUAGCGAGAGUGCACUGGCUAAAGACCAAGUCAAGAUUGAACUAUCAAUGAGUGAGACCAACGCUGUCAAUUAUCUUGGAAGUGGCGAAGAUGAUGAUGAAUAUGAUGAGAUGAGUGCUAGAGAGGAUGAGACCAUUACAAGCAUAGGGGCGGCAGCUGCACAAGUAGAGAACGACAACCAGGGUACAGAGUCCACUACCCAGCCGACCUCUGACCCAGCAGAUACACCUAAGACUGACACAGACUCUCUGCAGGCAACACCCACCAGCGGAUCCAACUUACCCAAUGGUAACAUUGAGACCAAUAACUUGGAGGUUACAAUUGAUGAUCUACCACCAAAGAUGACAAGUCUGGCUGAGGUUGAUAUUGAAAUGAAAGUUGCCGAAGAGCAAGCUCCCGCAACCAUCUUAGCGGAAAUCAUUGAGACCAUCGCCUCAGGAGAAGCUGCCCUGGCUGGCGACCCAGAAGCCCUCAAGGAGCCUGACGCUAACCACGUUACACCCAUCAUCAGUAAUGGUGCAGGGGAUGCAUUAACAGAGGCUGUCCAGCCUACCGAUCCUGAGGUGAAAGAGAAUGGUAUGUAGGGGGGUUCUGUAAUGGGUUUGGAAAUGUUCCGCCCGGUAAAACAAGCGGGAAUCACAUUUUGUGUAUGAAGUGUUUGAGAGACGCAAUGGGAAAUCCACGUGCUGGCGUUGUCUUCAGUGAAAGUCAAUUUAAUUUGAUUCCUUCAAUAGUGGAUGGCCAAGAUGAGAUCUUGAUGAAUCAAAUGGGUUGAAUUGUACAGGGCCCGAUUUCAUUAAGCAUGUAAGCAUACAAACUUGCUAAGCAGCAGAAAUAGGUUACCAGCCAAAAAUACUGUACAGUUUAUGAUGCUGCAACUGGUACCCGAAAGAUAUUUGCCAAGUAGAAUUAUCUGCUAAAGAGCUUAAUGAAAUUGGGCCCUGAUGUUCUAGUUGGCUUUGUGGUAUGGUACCCAACCUUCCAUUUCUUGGGGCACUAGUGAGAUGUCCAUCAUAUGCAAUCUGACUCGCAAAGUAGCAGACCAUUUGCAAACUAUAAGCCUUGUGGAUAGCCAAUGCAAUGGGAUCCAUAGACCGGACCUGGCGCCCUGUACCAACCUUCGCCGGCCGCCACCCACUCGCCUGGUCUGCGCGACCACCAACCAUUCCAGGCUGUAUAGCACCGUGUCAGAUUCUGAAAAGAAAUAACGCCAACAGGAUUCGCCCAACUUUAGUUCAUUGAGGGGUUUAGAUUGUACAUAGUAUUCCCACAAUUAAACAGAGUUACAUUGGAGAAAAAUUGUAUUUUGUUUCAUUAAUACAAAUAUGUAAUCUAAAAUAUGUGUACAUGUCUGUGAUUGUGACACUACUGCACAUAGUUUGUUGUACUUCUUCAAUUCAAAUUUUUGCUUGAUGAAAUUUGUCGUCUUCUUUUUUUUAUUAUUAUAGUGAAAUGCUUUCCAUUUGAAUGGAUGAUAUUAUAUUGAAAAAAAAGUAUACAAUAUUUUGACUUGUUGUGUUUAGCGAAUUGUCUUAAAAAGAAGUACCACUUUAGCGUAUGUAUUCCUAUGCAGUUUAUUCCACAUUUUGUUUAUUUCGUUGAAUGAAAAACAAAUUAUAGAGCAAUAGGCUUUUGCACUGGUAUGACAUUUACAACGAAAGUGUGCCUAAAAUGUGAGAUAUGUAUAAAUUGUGUUAUUUUUUUCAAGAUUGGGGGAAUGUUUUGAAAGCUUUGUAAAUGGCAAAUAGGAUAAUGUUAAUGAGUACUUUGGAUUGAGAGUUUGUGUAUAUUUUGUUGAGAGAUUUGUUGUUAGGUGUUUUCUGUGUGCAUAUGAUGGAUGUAUAGUAACAUAAUUCACACAAUAACGUGUGUGUAGAAUUUAUUUACUUAAAUCGAUCCCGUCCAUUAAAAUGAGACUAGAAAAUAAUAUUUACAGUUACUUUACAGAGCUUUAACAAAUUGAUUUAAAGAAAAAUAUGUGUAUGAAUGUCAACAACAAAAAAAGUCAGCGCAAAUGUGAAAAAUGUCUGAUAGAUGCACAAAUUGCGUACAAACUUUUGGAUUUCUUACUUCUCCUAUAUACCUGCACACAGCAUUAUGCAUCAAUUAUUUAAUACUGAAACAAUGUGCCAAUAAAUUUCUAAGCAAAAUACAUUGCACUAAACAAUAGUUGCUUCUUACAACAGUUCUCUGCAAGACUUUAAAACAAAAAUUUAUAAUAAUAAAUUUCUGUAAAAUACGCUGCAUUUUCUAUCCAAGUGUACUCCAGAUUUACUUAGCUGUAUGUCCUGUGUACUAGGAUUUAUAGUUCAUAAAAAGAACCCAAAAUAUUUAUUGUGUAAGAGUAGGGGUUAACCCUGGUGUUUCUGGUUCACAUAGCAAGCACCCUUGUUUCCUGGUUUCCUUAGGCUUGCAAGCUCACUUAUGAGGCAUCCUUGAUUUAAUUUCCAGAAAUAUUAGAACCCAAUUGUAUUUCUAGUAUGUGAUUCAAUAUGCAACAUAUGUACAGUACAUCACAUGUAAUCAUAAUAAUUUUGUACAUUUCGUAUAUUGACCCCCUUGCACGUGCGUCACACGCUCACCAUGUUGGUGGUCAAUAGGCUUACGUGUAAACGCUGCGUCACCUUCACUGAAUAACACACG